AUGGCCAAGAGGCUGUGGGGGGUCUUGAGGGUGACGUUCUUCAUGAUAAGGAAGGGUUUGAUAUCGAAGAGGAAGCUGAUCAUGGACAUGAACAUGAUGAUGAAGCGAGGGAAGCUCUGGAGGAAAACCCUCAACAACCUCAUGUUCCACCACCACCACCAUAAACACGUGGCGGCUCGCGGUGCCGGUGCCUAUGGCAUACAGGAGUACGAGUUCUCAUGCAGCAACAGCCCGAACCCUGUUUUUUUCCGCGCGCUGAAACGGAAGCAUGCCCACAACUACUUCCCUUGUAUCAAUCCCCCAGAGGUCAUCGAAGAGGAAGAAGACGAGCAGAAAGAAUUCGGUUUAUUGGUGCCUAAGACCCCGGAGUGCUACACGUCGUUCAAUAAUUUUCAGAACCUCGCGGCUGACAAUGCGGUUCAAGCUGAGAAGCUCAGCCCUUUGCUGUUCUCUCCGUUUUCUGUCAGGGUUUCAAACUACUCUUCUGAAGACGAGAGCGGCAUUGAAGACGAUAGGAAUGGAAGAGUGGAUGACGCGGCAGAGGAAUUCAUCCGAAGGUUUUACGAACAACUGAGAGUUCAGAGUCGAACGCAGCUUUUGCAAUAUCCGGAGGAAUGA